UUCGAUAUAUUCAUCUUUUUUCCACACAUGACAGAACAAUCCAGCUGGCCCCCCAAGGAGGCCACCAACAAAAGAAGAAACAGCUACAUCAAGUUCGACUCACCAUGCAACUACACCGUGAGUAAAAAAGCGUUGGGAGAAGGCUCCUAUUCAACGGUUUUCGAGUGCAAAAACAUUAAAACUUCAAGGCAUUAUGCCGCCAAACGGUACACUAAGAAGCUUGUGUAUGGUAUAGAAGACAUGCUCCAGAAUGAAUUCAGUGUCCUUAAGGCUAUCAGUCAGAGUCACAAAAAUUUACUUAGUCUAGUGGACUAUUUUGAAACCGAACAAUUCUUCUUCCUCGUCACCGACCUUGCAAAAGGCGGAGAACUAUUCGAUCGGAUAAUCACCGGUGCCAACGAAAGGCUUGCAGAGUUUGAAGCUGUGAAAGUUACAAAACAGUUGGUAGACACCAUUGAGUUUCUACACUCUAAAAACAUCAUCCACAGGGACAUAAAGGCAGAAAACAUACUUUUCCAGACCAAAACUAGCACCAACAUUUUAUUGGCUGACUUUGGUUCAGCCAGGGUACUUUCCUCUUCGGAAAAGUUGUACAAUAGAUGUGGGACACUCAGCUAUAUGGCACCUCAGACGCUUAACAAAUCAGGUUACUCUUUUGAAGCGGAUAUGUGGGCAGUCGGGGUGCUUGUCUACUUCAUGCUCUGUGGAUAUAUGCCAUUCGACUGUGAAACUGAUGAAGAAACUAUGGAAGCUAUCACAAAAGGAGAUUAUAUGUUUGAGCCUACGUCCUACUGGAACCAUAUAAGCAGUGCUGCAAAAGACUUUAUCCGGCAGUGCUUCCAACUUGAUCCCGAUAAAAGAAUGACUGCAGAAGAAGCUAAUACACAUCCAUUUGUGAGUCCAUUGACUUCCAAAUCGUCUUAUUCGUCAUACUUGAACUUGAACUCACUCGCAUCCAACACCCCGAGCUCAAUAUUUACCUCAUCUGCUAGUAAUUUGAGCUUAGCAAACAAACUCAAGGAGUCACUCCAGAACCUUCAGAACAUACAGAGAGAUCCUCGGGCACUGUAUACACUUUCCCGGACUUCUAGCGACUUUGGAGAUGAAAAGUUGAAAGGAGCCAUGUGCGAGUCCCCCAACAUCAUCUCCAAAUUCAGCACCCCUGUAGCUUCAACCGCAGUUUCAAGGGCGGCCAGUGUCGAGCAAAUUACCUCCAGCGUCCCCAAACUCUCGGUAGAUCAGAAACAUGCUCCAACGACGUUUUACAUAUGAUUAUAGAUUUAGACCUAACUUGGGUGAAUGAUAUAUUAUUAC